GCGCUGGCCUCGCACACGAGCCUCAGUGCGCUGCAGACGGGCCUGGACUGUACCGAGGUCUUCGAUGCCUGGCAAGUUGCUACUGAUCAGGCCUGCUCGGGGCUUGCGGACACUUUCUCCACCAGUGGAUUUGCAUGGCUGCUGGCCGGUGCUUGUGGCUUCAUCGGCGCGCUGGGGCAGUAUUGGAUCUGGCGAAAUCUGAAAGACAACCGGACGCUCUUCUUCGACGAGCACGAGGACAUGAAGCCAAAAGGCUUCAGGAAGCUCUUCUGCUGCUUCUGCGCGACGUCUGUCGGGGACGACCUCGAAGCAGGCAAAACCCAGGCCGAGGAGACGCCCAAAGAGGAGAGUGAGAAAGCAGUUUCUCCUUCAAAGUCGACAGGCGGCGCCAAGACCGGUAUGGCUGCAAAGCGGAUCGCCAUACGCUUCUUCGAGGCCUUCGAGAUGUCCAUAGAGGAAAACGUGAAGGCUUUCCUCAGAGACGAGCUCUACCCUACGUACGAUGAAAGCUUCAAGAGCCUGGCGGUUGCUGAUCGUGUGGCAUCGUGGAAGACGCUUGAGAAAGAGAAGCAGAGCCGAGGUGAUGCAGAGGUUCCACCACCGGGAGAUCAGCCCACUGAUCCGGCCACGCUCCUGAGCGAGUACCGGGAGCCAGGCCCAGACGGCGUCCCGACAGCAGACUCGGAAGGCAAGCCGCUCAGCAAGAAGGCGCUGGCAGCGCUGAAGAAGGACCUCGCUUUGCUCCAGAAACCGUGGGACAAGUGGCAGAAGGACAAGAAGAAGCAUGAGGCCUACCUCCUAUCCAAAAUUCGCAAGCAAUGUCUGGAAAAGUAUGCGGAAGUGCAGUACACCGAGGAGGUGGAGCACCUGCGGCCCCUGUCGCCAACUUCCCGGACACCGCUAGUCGUGGUCGUGGAGGAGGUUCCAGAAGACCUGGAAAGAGCGGUUUGGUCUGACGAGAUCGAGCAGGUCAUUGGACAGAAGCUAGACGUCAGAGUUCGCAAGGACAAGGCCGUGGCCAAGAAGCUGAAGGGCUUGGAGGACAGAUGCUUCAAGUCCAUCAAUGUACACGAACCCCUCAUGAAGAAGCUGAUGGCGCUGAGCGACGACCAGCAAGUCUGGGAAGGUGUCAAGAUCCAAGCUGUCAAAAAGCCGACGAAGAUGAAGCCGCCCAAGGAGCCCAAGAUGCCCAAAGGUCUCGUUGACCCGAUCGAGCACUUCAAGUCCGGCAAGCACGAAGGGAAGUUUGGCGCUUUUGAUGAGAAGGGAGUGCCAACCGAAACUGCAGAUGGCACCAGCAUCGAUGAUAAGAAGCAGAAAGCCUUGAAGAAGGAGUAUGACGGCGUCAAGGACAAGUGGGACAAACACCAGCAGGCCACAGCAAAGUACAGCCAGGAUUUGGCAAAGUACGAGAAGUGGAAGGAGGGCGGCGAGGAGGAAGCAAGUGCCUCGGGCGUCCCGGAGGCCCAGCGGAGCGCUGCGUGCGGGACCGCCGCGCUGGAGGUCUUGCGGCGUCUUGUGGAUCGCGCUGUCUCCGAGCACGCCGAGGAGAUGGCCGUUGAGGUGAACAAGGGAGGCCAUGACCCAGCGGAGCUCGCCUCACUGAUGGUCAAGGUGGUCCUUGAGCAUGAGGACAAGACGACGGAUCCAGUUCUCAAAGUGCUCAAGACGGUGGACAAGAAGAAGCGGAGCGGCAUGACCGAAGUUGCCGAGCUCCCGGAGGUCUUCCGUCUCCUGAAGGAGGACGAACUGCAAGUGGGCACACACGUGUGCUUUGGAGACAUCACGGAGGAGGAGGUGAACUUUGUCUCAAGGAGCCUCGAAGACUCCAUCGCCCGGCAAGGACAGAUCACACACGAGGACCUCAAGUCUUACAUCGAGGGCCAGGACCUUGAGCCCGGCGCCGAUGGGAUGCCAACCAGCCUUGCAGGCUGCUUGGUUGCCAUGCGUCUGGAGAGCUGGAAGAAGGCUUCGAGUGUAGAGAAGCUGAUGAGCCCGCGAGCUUGGCGCCUGCAACUGGGUGGGAGCCUUUCGACCGCGGCAGAGGAAGAGGCUCCGAAAGAGACCAAUGAAGCGCCCGAGCCGACAAAUGACGAGAAGGGAGGCAAAGACAAGGACAAAGACAAGGACAAAGAAAAGGACAAGGAAAAGGACAAAGAGAAGGACAAAGAUAAGAAGGAGAAGAAGGAAAAGAAGGAGAAGAAGGAGAAGAAAGCAAAGUAA